UUAGUUCUAUUUUUUACACGUCUCUUCUCCCCUCUUGGAUUCUUCCUCCAAUUUUGAUUUUUUUCUUUUCUUUCUUUAUCCUCCAAAUUCUUCUGGGGUUGAUCUGCUAUCUUUUUAUCUCGAUCGAUGUCGGUUAAAACAGUGCAAGUGAACAAUGUUUCUUUGGGUGCUAAAGAGCUAGAUAUCAAGGAGUUCUUCUCCUUUUCUGGGGAUAUUGAUUAUUUAGAGAUGAAAGGCGAGAAUGAGCGAUCUCAAGUUGCUUAUGUCACGUUCAAGGAUCCUCAGAGUGCGGAGACUGCAGUUCUUCUUUCAGGAGCUACAAUUGUUGAUCAGUCCAUCUCAAUAGUCCUAGCUCCCGAGUACAAGCUCCCACCUACAGCUUCAGUAUCACAAGUUCCAACUGAAAGCAGCAAUGUACCCGCUGCUGGAUCUGCUAUUCAAAAGGCAGAGGACGUAGUCAGCAGCAUGUUGGCAAAGGGCUUUAUCUUGGGCAAGGAUGCAGUUGGCAAAGCCAAGGCACUAGACGAGAGACACAAGAUCACAUCCACUACCUCAGCCACAGUUGCUUCUUUAGACCAAAAAUAUGGCCUUAGCGAGAAAAUCACUACAGGAGCAACCAUUGUGAACCACAAAGUGAAAGAAAUGGACCAGAAGUUCCAAGUCUCCGAAAAGUCAAAAUCUGCUUUUGCAGCUGCUGAGCAGACGGUUAGCAAUGCUGGAUCCGCCAUCAUGAAGAACAGAUAUGCUUUGACCGGUGUAACUUGGGCUGCAGGUGCUUUUAGUCGGGUCACUAAGGCUGCCGGGGAAGUGGGACAGAAGACGAAAGAAAAACUGGCCGAAGAAGAAAGAAGAACUUUUACAAAAGGUCAUGCACAAGAACAAGCUGCAGAUUCCGCUAAAGGUGAUGUGCAAGAACUUUCUGCAGCUUCAGCUAAAAGUGAUGUGCAAGAUCAUGCUGCAGCUUCUGCAAAACAAGAACACCCCGAGUCCCAAACCGGAAUUGAGGAAUCUACCAUUCCCUCUCUUCCCCCUAAAGCUUAAUCCUACAUUUAUUUUGAAAGUAAAUGCACAAUUUACGCUAGUUUGUUAUUCGAAUUUAAGGUCAUUAUGUAUGGUUUGAUAAAUGUGGUAUUUAUACAGGAUUAAGAGAAGGUAUACAGGAAUCUUAAAGUGAUGGCAUAAUAUUAAUGUUUGUAUAUCUUAUUUAAGCAAAUAAACUAACACUCGUUGAGAAGAAAUAAGACUUUUUAUUAUAUCAAUAAGCAGAGUGAAAGAAAAAAAGAACGGAGGAGGGUAGCAGAUUAAACAUCAGAAUAUUGA